AUGUUUAAUAAUAAUAGUAAUAAUGUUGGUAUAAAUGUACAGUCGGGUGGAGCGAUCAAUGUCUAUGGUAUUUCAUUAAAGUCAAGAGCGAUCUCAUUGAUUGGCGCCGAUCAAGACUCGAAUCGAUUCCUGGUGGGCACUCAAGCAUUGAAAGAAGAGAAUGAAGUUAGAUUGAUAGAGGAGAAAGAGAAUGAAGGAAUCGGUCUCGUCUCGAUAUUCUCGCAUCCCAAGGAGAUCUGGUCGAUCACCUCUUGCACCUACGAUGCCGACUCCUUCUUCACAGUGUAUAAUACUGGUACGGAGUACCGUUCUUCUUGCUGGAAGAUGAACCACGAAUCGACCACUCUCGAAGAGCUAUUCGAACUCAAAGGUCAUCAAGGAAUGAUCAAACCAAUUCUUUGUGAUCCUUCAGAGACAGACGACUAUGUUAUAUCAUUGGAUGAUUCAACCAUUAGAUUAUGGUCAAUUAAGAAUAAUACUCCAUCUGUUGUUAAAUCAUUUGGUGGAUUAAAUAAAUUGACAGCAGGAUCGAUCAAUCCAAAUAUAAAUAAUCAAUUGGCAACUGCAAACGAUGUUAAUAUCAAAGGAUGGGAUUUUAGAAGUGGAAAAGAUCAUAUUGAAAUUAACAACAACGACAACAACAACAACAACAACAAAAAAACAUAUAGGGAAUCAUUCAAGAUCGAUAAAGCACAUAGUGAAUUGAUUAGAGAUAUCGAUUUCAAUCCAAACAAACCAUAUAUAUUAUUGUCGGCAGGUGAUGAUGGUAAGUUGAAGUUUUGGGAUACACGUUAUACAGAGGAGCCUGUAAAGAUGUUCUCUGGACACAAUCAUUGGAUUUGGAAUGCCAAGUUCAAUAAAUAUCAUGAUCAGUUGGUUAUUACAUCUAGUAGCGAUAAUACUGUUAAUCUAUGGCAUGUCUACUCGAUCUCAUCCGCUAUGCAAGAUCAAAACAAAGAUAUCACCUCAAACUCUAGUCCAUCCAUUGAAGGUCAAACUAACGAACAACAACAACAACAACAGCAACAACAACAACAAUCACAUUCAUCACAUUCAUCACAUAUCUCCUCUACUGGUGGUAAAACAAAUAAAAGAAAAGAAGAUAAACUUAUUAAAACAUUUGAAGAGCAUGAAGAUAGUGUUUACAAUGUUUGCUGGGGAACAAGUAAUUUUAUUUUCGCUUCACUGUCAUACGAUGGAAGAGUUGUCAUUAAUAAUGUACCAAAAGAAUAUGCUGAUUUGUUAACUAUCGAAUAA